AUGCGUCACUUGAUAGUUGCGUUGAAUGUUAUCACUACCGUCUGGGCCGCCCUUCGUUGCGAUGAUGGACCGGUGUAUGUAAGAGAACUUGAAGCUUUGGUGAAAACAAAAAGUGAAAAAGCCAAACUCAAAAAAUUAGCAGAGGAGAAGCACAUGAUUAGGAAUGAGAAAAUGAAACAAGUUGACGCAAUUCUGAAAAAAUUGCCGAAAGACAUCAAAGACAAGUAUCAAAAGGCAGUCAAAGAGAAAAAAGAAGCGAAAAGACGUUGGUAUGAAAAGGCUAUGAAAGAUGCUACCAAAAAAGGCUACGGAAAACUUUAUGAGAUUUUGACGAAAAAACGAGCGAUUGAUACCGAUAUGAAAAUAUCGGACUCAGAAGCACGAAAACAGGAGGAUGCGUACAAGAAAAAGCUUUCAAAGCAGCAACGAAAAGAUUAUGAUAAUACUGGACCCAAGAAGUGCGCUAUAAAAAAAGACGCCCACCAGCGAUUCAACACUAUUGCUCUCCUGAUUUUUAUGGGUGUUGCACUGAUCAUUUAA